AUGCUCUUUUUCAUGUUCUUGGUGGCCGCCAGCAUGCUUCUCCAUUAUCGGGAGAGCAGCUACUGGUGGCAGCACAUCUUCUCCAUGUCCUUCUGGCUCCUGAUUACCAUCGUAUUUAUGGGCACCGUUGGUGCACAAGAAGGAUCUGAAGCCAUGGGAGAAUUUAUCUCCGGAUACUUGACCGAGCUGGCUUUGACCUUUGAAAACGUGUUCAUCUACGAGAUGAUCUUGGUGUCUUUCCGUGUGCCGCGGAAAGUGGCACGGGACAUGCUCUUCAUCGUCUCCUUUUUCCAGAUGUUCUUUCAGCUUUGGCUUUUCAUGUUCAUGGCGAAAGCACUGAAGCAAAUCGAGAGCUUGCCAUACCUCGUUGGAGCUUGGCUGAUUUACUUGGGCAUCGACUCUCUGAGAGAAUCGGAUGAGGAGAGCAAUUUCGACCCUGAGACCUCUGGCUUCUACCGUGCCCUGCGCUGGGUCUUUGGCAGUCGGCUGGAGCCACACUACGGAGAUGGCUUUUCUUACCGAACUGCACGUGGAGAGCUUCGUUUCUCCAUGCAGGCUCCGGUGCUUCUUUGCCUGAUUGUGGCAAUGUUCUUGUUGGAGCUGGAUGUGACCUUGGCCAAGAUUGAAGACAUCCCCAGUAACUUCAUUGGCUGGACCAGCUCGGUCUUCGUGGCCUUUGCCUUGUCAGACCUCUAUUUCCUGGUGAGUCAACUCUUCAAGAACUUCCAGUUGGUCCGUUCGGGCAUUAGCAUUCUGUUGAUUUUCUUUGGUGCCUUGUUACUUCUUCGCAAUGAAGUGCAAAUUUCAGACACCGCGGAGAUCGCGGGCAUGCUGAGCAUCGUGCUUCUGUCGGUGAUCUUCUCUCAGUACAUGGACCUUGCCCCUCACAAGGGUGCAGCCUUUGCUUCCGAAGCCGAAGGUAUUUCGGAACAAGUCGACUACUCCGAAGAGCGGGAAGAGGAGUCACAAACGCAGUCUCCAGCGGACGCGCUGAUUUCCAGCCAGCGCACCUCCAAGAACAAUUGA